UCAGCGUUAUCAAAAUAUUAUUAACAAAGAAUAUAGAAAAUUAAAAAUAUCUUCCGCCAAACGUCAAUUUUCACAAAGACAAGAUUAUGAUGAUUUAAAUAAUUUAAUAAUAGCUUUAACGAAUCCAUGUGAAGACUUACCACGUGAAAAAAUGAUUGAAGAAUAUGACCUACGUAUAGGACUAAAAAACGAGACAACAUACGAGGGUCAGUUAACAAGCAAAUCCAUUUGGGGUGUACUCCGAGGUUUAGAAACAUUUAUCCAACUAAUUCACCCUUCUGAAAAUGGUCCUUUCUUUCAAAUACAAAAAACCAAUAUUACUGAUUAUCCUCGUUUCACACAUCGUGGUUUAUUGGUGGAUACCUCUCGACAUUUUAUUUCCUUAUCAAACCUGUAUGCUAAUUUGGAUGCAAUGUCUUACAACAAAUUAAAUGUAUUUCAUUGGCAUAUUACGGAUGAUCAAAGUUUUCCUUAUGAAAGUAAAAUGUUUCCAUUAUUGAGUCAAAAGGGUGCUUACGAUCCAUCCUUGGUCUAUAGUCAACAAGAUGUUCAGAAUAUUAUUGAAUAUGCAAAACUUAGAGGAAUUCGUGUAAUCCCAGAAUUUGAUACGCCUGGUCAUACAAGAUCAUGGGGUGUUGCUUAUCCUGAAAUUUUAACUCAAUGCUUCGACAAUAAUAAGCCAAAUGGAAAAUAUGGACCUAUGAAUCCAAUAAAAAAAUUAACAUAUACUUUUCUUAAAUAUUUGUAUAAAGAAAUCAAUGAAACUUUUCCUGAUAAUUACAUACAUAUAGGCGGGGAUGAAGUGGAUAAAGAUUGUUGGUUGUCAAAUCCUGAUAUUCAAGAAUUUAUGGCACAAAAUAAUAUUAAAGAUCCCGAACAAUUCCAAACAAUUUUCCAUGAGAUUCUUUAUGAAAUUGGAUCGAGUUUAGGAUCCAAAUUAAUAGUAUGGGAAGAAAUCUAUGCAGAAGGUGUUAAUAUAACAAAAGAUGUAGCAGUUCAAGUUUGGGCGAAAUCCAAAUAUUUCGAUCAAGUUACUGAAGAUGGUUUAAAUGCAAUCCUCAGUUCAUGUUGGUAUCUGGAUCAUUUAUCAACGGGUGGUGAUUGGAAAAAAUAUUAUGAAUGUGAUCCAUAUGAUUAUGUUUCAUCCGAAAAACAAAGGAAAUUUAUAUUGGGUGGUGAAGCAUGUAUGUGGAGUGAAGUUGUUGACGAUUCCAAUCUCUUAACUAGAAUAUGGCCACGAGCAAGUGCAACUGCUGAAAAACUAUGGUCAAGUGAAAAUGUUAAUUCAUUUACAUCAGCUCAACCCCGACUAGAAGAACAUACGUGUCGGAUGAAAAAUCGUGGUAUACCAGCCCAACCUCCAAACGGAGCUGGUUUUUGUGUAUAAACUUAGUCUUAACAUCGAUAUAAUGUACAAAUAGUUAAUUUUAAUAAACAAGAAAAUUUUAUUUAA